CUUAUGUGUCUUUUGUUAUCAAUAAAUUAAUGAAUGUAUUAGAGAGUAUGAAUGGAUUUUGUAAUGCUAUAGCUGAGAGAAAGGUAAAUACCCAGGGAUAUUUAAUGAAUAGGGAAGAAUGGCUAGGAAUGGAAGUUGUAUUCAGGACACUUUUAAAUCGACUUUCCAGAGGAAUGUAUUGACAAGAGGUAUGUGGCUAAUGAGGAAGGAGAAAGAAAAUAGAUGACUGAGGAUACUUGUUCAUGGUGCUGUCAGGGAAAAUGUCACUGUCCUUUUAGCCUAAUUUGGCAAUGCUCUUCUGUGCCCUCCCACACUUGCUUUUGCCCUUGGCAGGAAGGAACCUUUGUUGAAGAGAUGGUGAUAGUCCUGGGCCCUCUCUUGUUGGUCUUCAUGCUGGGUCUGGGUCUGAUUCCACCGACCCUGCCUCAGGAUGACACCAGGUACAAACAUUUCCUGAAACAACACUAUGAUGCCAACCCCAGGGGCCGGAAUGACAGAUACUGUGAAAGCAUGAUGGAGAGACAAGGCCUGACCUCACCCUGCAAAGAAACAAACACCUUUAUUCAUGGCAACAAAGGGAACAUCAAGGCCAUCUGUGGAAAUAAGAGUGGAAGCCCUUAUGGAGAAACUUUAAGAGUAAGCAAGUCUCCUUUCCAAGUCACCACUUGCAAGCACAUAGGAGGAUCUUCCCGGCCCCCUUGCCGGUACAGGGCCACCCCAGGGUUUAGACACAUUGUCAUUGCCUGUGAACACGGACUACCUGUCCACUUCGAUGAGUCCUUUUUCCGCCCAUAACUGGCAGGUUGUGGCCCAGAGCUGGCUGCUCUACUGCCCUUGCAUUUCCUACUUCUCUAGAGUGGAGGCAACCUUCAUUGCCAGGGCCCAGGAUGCAAGCCACCUGCACCUUCCACUGUCUGUUUUCCAUUAUGUUUAAUAAAUAAAAGUCUCUGAAAUGAUUAAGAAUCAAAGUCUUCUCACUGAUUCUUGCCCUCUUGAUCCUUCCCCAUUUU